AUGAAAUUUAAUCUUGGAAUCGCUUUAACAAUCCUUUUAUUCUUUUUUUUAACCUCACCUAUCGAUGCCAAUAACGAUGGCGGUAAAAAACAUGAUAUCUGUCAUGGUCUAGAAAAAGGAGAUGGUACACAAAUUAAAUCUGGGUUUUGCAGCAAGACAUUUCUAGGACAAAUUCCAUCAAAUAAACAUAUGACCUCCAGUUUAAUCACUAAACCUAGAAAUGAAGAAAAAUUGAAGGCUCACAAAGAUUUUACUGUCGUUGUUAAGAUGAAAAAUAUUGAAACUGGACAUUUUAGCGAUCCGGAAAAAGAUUACUACACUGAACCGCAAAUACUUAAUAAGGCCGGAAUAGUUCAAGGACAUUCUCAUGUCACUAUCCAACGUUUGGAAAGCGAAAACAAUCCUCCAAAUGCUGAAAAGUUUAAUUUUUUCCUAGGAUUAAAUGACAAAGCUAAAAAUGGUGAAUUGAUUGCAGAUGUCAAAGGUGGUUUACCUGCUGGUAGAUAUAGAAUUUGUUCAAUGUCCUCAUCAUUCACCCAUCAGCCACUCGUUAUGCCAGUUGCUAAACGCGGUUCUCAAGAUGAUUGUAUCCGUAUUACUGUCAAAGGAAACCAAAAACGUAAAGCCCGCAGCUUAAAUUGA